GUUUUUCUGAAAUUUCAAAGAUCGCAAACCUAAUCUACACACUAUUGAUUGAGCACUCAAACCCAUUUUAUCAUCACUGCUUUGUUGCAGCUGGCCUUCGUAACUAUCGUUCAGCAUGGCUGAAAAAGAGAUUUCGGAUUUAAUAAGCAGGCUAAAUCUACAUUCAACAGAGCGGCGGUAUACAUAUACCGUGGCUUCGGAUGAGAACAAAACCGAUAAUUCAAAGUCUCACAAAAGGCGGUUUCGACAUCGGCCGAAGUCACAAAAAAGUGACAACCACAAAGACCUCCCGCAGCAGAACCACGUACCAACGCAAAAGAACGAUCAGAGCUCAAGAGGUACAAAAAAAGCGGAGAGACCAGAGAAACCUCCAUUAAUCAAAGCCGAUUCAAGCUCGCAGUUGAACCGCAGAGACCAACAAAUUUCAAAAGAGGAAUUCGUUGGAAAUGAUAGCUCGUUACUAAUAACACCGCCCUACCAUGCCUACGUAGUUCAGAUCAUGCACCCCUCUGAAGUGAUUGAGAGUGUAUGUUCGUCAUUAGUAGACGCAAACAACCGAGCCUUGAAAUACCUAGAAAUACAGCAUGGCAUCAAGGCAAACGAAAUAUCGGACAAGAGAGGCCUCUUUGGCCAAGCUGUCUCGACAGCCAAAGCUACGAAAAGGACGUGGAAUCCUACGGGGACUCUUGAGAUUCUCACCCGUGGAGGAUCUCCAUGGAUCAAGGUUUUGGAGAAACCCUUAUACUCCGACCAGGCAAAAGCUGGAGCAAAACUAGUGUACCUAUCCAUAGAUCGAUGCGAUGGAAUAUUCGUUAUUGGGGCAUAUAAAUCCCAAAAGGAGGCGUGGCAGAACUGUAAGAAAUACUGGUCCGAUCUAGCAGUAUGUUCUUCAAUGUCAGACCUGAAAGAUUGGCAUGAUGAAGGCUUUCAUCACGCACAGGUCAGGAUCGCAAGUAAAUGGCAUAAGUGGUCUUUGAAGGAAUACAGAAUGAUGUAA